AACCAAUCUGUCUCCUGUUGGGCCUCCGGGUUAGACUACCCGUCACCACAUCACCGAUACCACACGAUACCAUCCGCAAUGCCAACCCCCCGCCUCUUCCUCGCCCGCCAUGGCGAAACCGCCUGGACCCUUACUGGCCAGCAUACGGGCGUGAGCGAGAUCCCAUUGACCCCCCUCGGCGAAACCCAAGUUACCCUCUCCUCCACCGCCCUGAUCGGCCCCUCGAAGCACAUUGACCCCGCAAACCUUGCGAAAAUAUAUAUCUCGCCGCGCAUCCGCGCGCGGCGCACGGCCGAAUUGCUCAUGCCGGACACUCGGGGCACGGAGGUGGCCAUCGAUGAGCGGGUGAGGGAAUGGGGGUAUGGACGAUAUGAGGGCUUGAGGCCGAAGGAGAUAUUGGGGGACCGGAGGAGGAGGGGGUUGGAUGUUGAUGGGUUUAGUAUUUGGAAGGAUGGAUGUGAGGAUUCGGUGGAUGGGAUCGGGAUUGGGAAAGGGGAGAGCCCUAGGGAGAUAGAGGGGAGGAUUGAUGAGGUUAUUAAGGAGAUUCGUGGGAUUCAGGGAGAGGGGAUGGAGGCGGGGAGGGGUAACGUGGAUAUCUUGAUUGUAAGCUCUGGUCUACCGGUCGGAGGGCUCUGUCUAACCUGGCGGUGGCCAUGGUGGUCGUUAGGUUUCUCAUGGCCACUAUCUGAGGGCUUUCACAAAACGCUGGCUCGGGUUCUCGUUGGAAUUUCCCUUGACCAUGGUUCUCGAGCCUGGCGGAAUUGCUACACUUACGUAUGUCCCUUCACUUCCCUCAUAUUCCUGCUUCAAUCGACUGUAUAACCAACUGCCCUGUCCACCAGUUACGCCCAUAACAACGUCAAUGAGCCCGCACUCCUCCUCGGCGGUACCUUUAGGCCCGGGGCAUAACACCUUCAAGAAACGACGUAUGAUAGAACUGCAAUUGAGUUCCUGGCUUAUCAGAUAGACUCUAGAUAGCACAGUUUAUACCCGAAUGAUACUACCAUAUAUUCCAUUGC